UCUCCCCAGCCCCCUGCCCCCCGCAGAAUGUGAGCGCUUCCCUGAUGUGCGCCAACAACACGGCCGUUGUGACCUGGGCCCCGACUGCUGGCGCGGUGGCCUACAACGUGACUGCCCUGGGGAGAGAUGGAGACAUCAAGUCUUGCCGAACCACAAACACCAGCUGUAAACUACCCAUGAUGCACUGCGGUCAGGAGUACACCAUAACUGUCACUCCUUACUCCAAGACCUGCAGUGGCUUUCGUAGUGAAAGCAUCAUCUACACAGCAGGCCCUUGUCCUCCGAACAACGUGGCGGUGGCUCUACAGUGCAAAGGAAACGUGGGGACCGUGUCCUGGCAGGCUGUGAUUGGUGCAGAGCUGUAUGUGGCCACUGCCCGAGCCGCCGACGAGCACGAGCACACCUGCAAUUCCAGCUCUACCAGCUGCUCCUUCACUGACCUGCACUGUGGGGAGACCUACUCCAUCACCGUGGUUACCUUCAUGAGGAGCUGCUACAGUGACCCCAGUCCUGGGAAAAAUCUCAAAACAGCCAUCUGCCCUCCCAUUAACCUGGCUGGACAUAUGUCCUGUGGGACCAACAUCCUGAUAAUAAUGUGGGACCCCAGCCCCGUGGCAGGCGUGACGUACUUCCUGGUCUCAAAGAAGAGGGGAGGAGCUAACACAACCCACGCCACCACAGACACCUCCUACUCCAUCACGAGCAUGCAGUGCGGAGAGCACUACUCCUUCAGGGUCAUCACCCAGGACUCUACCUGCAACAGCAGUCUGAGUCUGCCUUUGGAGCAGGACACAGCACCAUGCUCACCCUCCAAUCUGGCAACCACGGUUGACUGUGGAACCAGCACUGGCACCAUUUCUUGGGUUCCUGUUUUGGGCGGAGUGACCUACCUGGCGGAGGCCGUGGGGGCCCACGGUCAUAGGGCCGCCUGCUCCUCCAACCGUGCAUCCUGUUCGGUCAAGCUGGACUGUGGCCGCCAUUACACAGCCACUGUCAUCUCCUCCAAUGGCAAUUGCAACAGCUCCUUGGACACCACCAUUGAGUUUGACUCAGCCCCCUGUCUGCCGGGCAAUGUGGUCGCCCAGCUGAACUGCAGCAGGAACGAGUUUGCAGUCCAGUGGCAGGGGAGCCUGGGCACGGAGACCUACACGGCGUUGGCCAUCGGCAGCGACGGCUACCGGGCCUCCUGCAACACCUCGGGCACGGCCUGCACCAUCAAGAGCCUGCGCUGCGGCCAGACCUACAGCAUCGCCGUCGUCACCUCUUCCGUCCAGUGCGGCCGGAUACAGGGCUCCAACUACAUGGUCCCGUCAGCUCCCUGCACGGCCGCCAACCCCGCCGUGAACGUGGACUGCGGGACCAACGGCGCCACCGUGUCCUGGGACGGCAGGACCACGCAGCAGAUGAACCUUGUGACCGCGGUGGACCAGCUGGGGCGGCGAGCCACCUGCAACACCACCAACAGCAGCUGCACCUUCGACCGUCUGAGCUGCGGGGAGGCCUACAACUUCAGCAUCGUGGGCGUGACCAACCAGUGCAGGACACCCACCGCCUCCACCAUGGGGCUCACUGCUCCCUGUGUCCCCUCCCACGUGGUGGCCAAGCUGGACUGUGACACGGGCAUUGCCAUGGUGAUGUGGGACUCGGCGCGGGGCGCCACUUCGUACUCGGUGGAGGCGGUGGGCAGCCUGGGCCACAACAGCUCCUGCUUAACCGCCGACACGCUGUGCUCCAUGGAUCAGCUGAGGUGCGGCCAGAACUACAACGUCACCGUCGCGGCCCUCCACGACGGCUGCCGGGGCCCGGCCAGCGAGACUGUCGUCGUCACCACGGGUCCGUGCCCGCACAGCAGGCUGGAGGCCUCCCGAGACUGCGCCUCCAACGCGGUGACGGUCUCCUGGAGCCCGGGGCGCGGCACGCUGCUGUACAACGCCUCGGUGGAGUCCUUAGCCUCCAGCCACUCUCUCAGCUGCUCCACCAACGGCUCCGCCUGCAACGUCAGCUCCCUGCAGUGCGGCGAGCGCUACCGGGUCAGCGUGGAGGGGCGGGGCCUCACCUGCGACAGCCGGCCCGGGUCCUGGGUCCCAGUCAACACAGCCCCGUGCCCGCCCACACAGGUGAGAGUGCGGUCCUCCUGCGACUCAGACGUGGCGUUCGUCUCCUGGGUGGCGGCGAAGGGGGCGGUGAGGUACGUGGCGGCCGCGGUGGACGGCGCCGGGAACGUGGUGACGUGCAACACCAGCAACACGGCGUGCAACAUCACGGGGCUCUCGUGCGGGCGGGCCUACAAUGUGUCCGUCACCGCGUUGAACGAAGAGUGCGUCGGGGGACGGAGCGAAACCCACACAAUGAAGACUGCUCCCUGUGUGCCCAUGGCGGUGCAGACGAACCUGGUGUGUCAGACCGGCCGACUCAGCGUUACCUGGCAACGGAGCAGUGGGGCACUGGUCUACCAUGCUAUGGUGCAGAGCAGGAGUGGCCGAACCGCACACGUUAAGGUCAACUCCACUGACUUCUCCACCAACCUGCUGUGCGGGCAGGCCUAUAACGUCACCGUGUACGCCUCUGACGAGGUCUGCAACAGCUCCCGCAGCCCGGCGAAACCCGUCACAGCAGCGCCCUGUCCUCCGGCCUCCAUUAUGAUGAACGUGGAUUGCUCCACCAGCAUCACCAGCGUCUUCUGGGACUCCAGCGCCCCUGGCGUUGUUUACACCGCCAAGGCCAUCGGGGCCGGGGGGAGCAAUUCCUCCUGCAACACCACGGACUCAAACUGCGCCCUCACCGGCCUGCGCUGUGGGACGGAGUACAAUGUGACCGUCUCUGGCUCUCUGGGGGGCUGCGUGGGUGCUCAGACCUUCGGAUACACCUUCACAACAGCCCCCUGUGUCCCGGUCCUCACGGAGGUGGAGAUUGACUGCCUGUCGGACUCGGCCUGGGUGGUGUGGGAGGAGUCGGCGGGGGCCAUGCUGUACACGGCCAGCGCGGAGGACGACCAGGGCCAGGUCUCCCAGUGCAACACCAGCGAGAGCAGCUGCGCCGUGCCGGACCUGCAGUGCGGGCAGCACUACACCUUCACCGUGGCCGCCUCCGACCUGCAGUGCAGCGGCACGCCCAGCAACGCCAUCAUGUCCGAGUCAGCGCCCUGUCCGCCGCAGGACGUCGUGGCCAGCAUGGGCUGUGAGAACAGGACGGCGAGCAUCGCCUGGGCCGAGAGCUACCUGGCGCUGACGUACACGGCCACGCUGGAGCGCACGGACGGAGAGACCUCCUGCUGCACCACCGGCGGCACCAGCUGCAGCAUCGCCGACCUGCCCUGCGGGGAGAUGUACGUGCUGACCGUGUCGGCCGAGGGGCGCACCUGCAACAGCUCCCAAAGCGCCGGAUCCAUCAUCAGGACAGUGCCCUGUACCCCGCAAAACCUGUCUGCCAGCGUGAGCUGCAGCAGCAACGUGGCCAAAGCGACGUGGAACAGCAGCCGGGGCGGGCAGCUGUACAUCGUGCAGGCCAACGGCACCGACGGAGACUCGGCAGCCUGCAGCUCGUUCGACAACAGCUGCGACCUCAGCACGCUGCGCUGCGGACAGAGCUACACCGUCACCGUGGUGGCCGAGGACAGCACCUGCACCAGCGCCGAGAGUCAGUCGGCCCAGUUCAAGACAGUUCCGUGCGUCCCUAAGAACGUGUCCGCGGACGUGAACUGCAGCUCCAACUCCAUGACCGUGUCCUGGGCGGGGAGCGCCGGGGCCGAUUCCUACACGGCCACCCUGGAGGACGGCGACGGCCGCUCCACCAACUGCCAGGCGCUGGGCGCCACUUCCUGCAACGUGUCCGGCCUCAACUGCGGCAAGACGUACCACGUGACCGUGGCGGCGUCCGACGGCUACUGCACGAGCCCGGAGAGCCCGGCGACCGACGUCCAGUCCGUGCCCUGCCCGGCCAGCCGCAUCCAGGCCUCCAUGGACUGCUGGUCCCGGACGGCCUUGGUGAGCUGGUACUUCGGCGCCGGCGCCCUGUCCUACACUGCCACCAUGGAGACGGCGUCCGGCCACACCGUCGCCUGCAGCACCAACCUCACCAACUGCGCCAUGAGCGAGCUGGCCUGCGGGGAGCGCUACUCCGUGUCUGUGCUGGCGCGGGGGGAGACCUGCAGCAGGAUGGCGCAGAUGGCAGGGAGCCUGCAGACCGAGCCGUGCGUGCCCUUGAACCUGGAUGUCCAGUACAGUCUGUCAAUCGGUCAGCUCGCCUGGGACAUGAGCAAGGGGGCCAAAUACUACAGCGCUGAGGCUAUCACCCUAUGGGGGCUGCGAUCCUCCUGCAACACCACCGACACCAGCUGCGCCCUCUACAACAUGGCGUGCAGCCAGACCUACAACAUCACUGUCACCGCCCACAACCAAGCCUGCAAGGACAUCGCCACGUCUGACCCCAUAGCCUUGGUCACAGAGCCCUGCGCCCCCAGGCACGUGGAGGCUGAUCUGAGCUGCGAGACGAACACGGCCUCCGUCUCCUGGGAGAUGAGCGAGUGCGCCGUGGGCUACCAGGCCUUCCUGUACGGCCGGGACGGACAUUCCGCCUCCUGCCACACCACCAACACGUCCUGCAGCGCGGACGGCCUGCACUGCGGGACGGCCUACUACGUCCACGUCCGGGCCCUGGGAGAGGUGUUCAACAGCUCAGACAGCAGCAGCAUCGUCCUGACGACGGCUCCUUGCGCGCCGGACAGUGUGGAGGUGGAGGUGGACUGUGAGAACGGCAGCGCCCUGGUGACCUGGAGCUACAGCGACGGGGCCGUGUCCUACGCUGUGACUGCGGCUGGGAUUAACGGGGACAUGGCCUUCUGCUCCACCGACAACAACUUCUGCGAAGUCACCGAGCUCAGCUGCGGAGAGACGUACAACCUGACCUUGACCUCCAUCAAUGAGCAGUGUGAUUUCGUGUCCGACACCGGACUGACCUUCCAGACCAGACCGUGCGCCCCCUUGCGUGUGGCUGUAGACCUGCAGUGUGGGAACAACACUGCCAUGCUGUCCUGGGAGACGAGCGAGGGGGUGGAGCUUUAUGUAGCCAAUGCCACGAAGAGCAGUGGAGAGCACGCAGGCAGCUGCAACUCCACCGGCUCCACCUGCCUCUUCUCCGGCCUGGACUGUGGAGAGACCUACAGCUUCACCGUCACUGCAUACAGCAGCCAGUGUGAGAGUCAACGCAGUGACACGGUGGAGAUCAGCACAGAGCCCUGUCGACCCGGCCGCAUGUCCGCCGCGGGGUCCUGCGGCAAUGACACGGUGCUCCUCGGCUGGGCGGAGUCCCGCGGGGCGUCCGUCUACAUAGUGACCGCCACGGGAGACCUGGGGUACACCGUGGACUUCAACACCACCGACACCAGCCUGGAGGCGUGGCUGCCCUGCGGCCAGACCUUCCGCUUCAGCGUGGUGGCGCAGGGCGAGGCGUGCGAAAGCCCCCGCAGUGGUUGGGCGCAGUUCAGGACCGCCCCCUGCGUCCCUCAGCACCUGCAGGCCUACGUCCAGUGCGAAGGCAGCGUGGGCUCGGUCAGCUGGAUGCCGAGCGAUGGGGCGGAGUCCUACACAGCCGUGGCGGUGGGGCAGGACAGCCACACCCACAUGUGCACCACCAACGCCACCACGUGUACCUGGACCGACCUGCACUGCGGGGACCUCUACUCCGUCCACGUCAUCGCCAACGACAACCUAUGCAACAGCUUGCCCAGCAACGGCACCGUCAUCCACAUGGCACCUUGCGUGCCCCAGAACCUGGUGUCCACCCUGGUCUGUGAUCUGAGGGUGGGGACAUUGACCUGGGAGGUCAGCGAGGGCGCUCUACUUUACAUUGUGGCCGCAGAAGGCAGCAACGACCACAGGGUGGAGGUCACGACCCAGACCAACAGAACCGUCAUCUCCGAGUUUGCCUGCGGCCAGGUGUACUACCUGACGGUCAGAGCCGUAGGCCCGGUGUGCAUCAGCGUCCCCAGCGCGGCUUCAAGCCUACAGACAGAGCCCUGCACGCCCACCGAUGUCACCAGCCAGCUGGACUGCCUCACCAACAUCGUGCUGGUGGCGUGGGCCGAGGCCGAGGGGGCUGAGUACUACACCGCCACCGUCCGGGCGCGGGACGGCCAGACGGCCGUGUGCAUGUCCUCCGACACGCAGUGCGGCAUCCCCGGCCUGCUGUGCGCUCGGAACUACACCGUGUCCGUCACCGCCAGCAGCGCCCAGUGCACCUCCGCCCCCAGCGUCUCCAGCAGCCUGCGCUCAGCUCCCUGCAUCCCCCAGAACGUGGCCGUGGACGUGAACUGCACCGACAACACAGCGCUGGUCUCCUGGAACCAGAGCCGGGGGGCGCUGUCCUACAGAGUGGUGGCGGAGAGCAUGGCAGGAAACGCCUUCUGCGAGAGCUCCGUGCCCCACUGCCGCCUCACCAACCUCACCUGCGGCGCCACCUACACCGUCUGGGUGGUGGCCAUGGACAGCAGCUGCACCACCAUCCCGAGUGAACGCGUGCAGGUUCAGUCAGUGCCUUGCACGCCUGAAAUCUUGUAUACCUACUUGGACUGUUUCAUGGACUCUGUACUGAUGGAGUGGGACCACGCCGAGGGGGCCAGCUUCUACACGGGCGUGGCGGAGACCAGCGGCGACACGGCCGUCUGCAACUCCAGCCACACAAACUGUGAGAUCACGGACCUGCAGUGCGGGAAGGUCUACAGCGUGAGGGUGGCCGCCUCCAACGGACUCUGCAACAGCUCGCUGAGCGCUGCCUGGGAGGUGGCGUCAGUUCCCUGUGUUCCUCAGAAUGUUACGUAUCACCUGGACUGCGCCUCCCACUCGGCCCAUGUGAUGUGGGAAGCGGCAAACGGGGCGGAGUCCUACAAAGUGCACGCCGUCGGCUGGGGGGGCCUCGCAGCCGAAUGCGACACCACGGAGCUGGCCUGCGUGGUGCCUGACCUCACGUGCGGCAGCGACUACAACAUCAGCGUGGUCGCCAUCGGCCAGCAGUGCAACGUCUCGGAGAGCGAAGUGACGGAGAUGGAGGCCGUGCCCUGCGUGCCGCAGCAGGUGGAGGCCAGCGUGGACUGCGAGUCGGCCGUGGUGUCCGUGUCCUGGGAGCGGAGCUUCGGGGCCACCUCCUACGCCGUCGUCGCCCAGGGCAACGGGGGCUACGCCUCCACCUGCAACACCAGCGACACCGUGUGCCAGUUCCCCGACCUGCUCUGCGGGACGCCCUACAGCGUGACCGUCAGCGCCGCCGAUGACGUCUGCUCCAGCGAACGGAGCGCCGCCGUGCACGUGAACACCGUGCCCUGCGAGCCUCAGAACGUCAGCGCGUCCGUGGACUGCGCCAGUGACGCGGGGCUGGUCAGGUGGGAGCAGGGCGAGGGCGUGGCCUCCUACCGCGUGGAGGCCGCCGGCGUGGACGGUCACAUGACCCAGUGCAACAGCACCUCCACCAGCUGCCGGCUGCCGGGCCUGCACUGCGGCCAGCAGUACAACCUGACCGUCACCGCGCAGGACGAGCAGUGUGACACCAGCAGGGCCUACCUCAGCCUGCAGUCAGUUCCCUGCGUGCCUCACAACGUUCAGGCCGCCCUCCAGUGCCCGAACAACUCCAUCUCCGUCGCCUGGGAGACGAGCAGCGGGGCCCUCUCCUACCGAGCCGCGGGCAAGGCCGCGGACGGCCACACGGCCGCCUGCAACGGCAGCGCCCCCCACUGCGACCUGGAGGCGCUGCGCUGCGGGCAGACCUACAACGUCUCCGUCCUCUCCCUGGACGAGUCGUGCGCCAGCGCGGAGAGCGGGAUCGCGCCGGUCCGAACAGCUCCCUGCCCCCCGAGUAACCUGGAGGCCAGCCUCAGCUGCGACUCCGGCAUCAUGAUGGUGGCGUGGGACGCCGACAGGGACGCCGACUCCUUCCGCGUGGAGGCCCUGACCAGCGACCGGGGGGCGCUGUCCUGCCGCACCCAAGACACCUUCUGCGCCAUCACGAACGUGCUCUGCGGACACGUCUACGCGGUCCGCGCCGUGUCUGUCAGAAAUGGCUGCGAGAGCGCUUACACCAGAGCCGUCAACGUGUCAUCAGCACCGUGCGUUCCCCAGGAGGUUUCCGGUAAUCUCGACUGCGUGACGAACUCUGCCUGGGUGACGUGGAAGGCGGUCAUGGGGGCGCGCACCUACACGGUGACGGCGGAGGGCGUGGGCGGCUACAACGCUUCCUGCUCCACCACCGACACCACCUGCAGCGUGCCCGACCUGCGCUGCGGGGUCCUCUACACCUUCUACCUCACCGCCUCCAACGCCCGCUGCCAGAGCCCCCCCAGCGCCACCUUCGAGAUCGAGACAGCUCCCUGCGCCCUCACCGCCAUCGAUGCCAUCACCGAGUGCCACAGCAGCACCAUCCGGGUCCAGUGGCAGCUGUCGGGCGGCUCCCGGCUCUACAUCGCCACGGCGGAGGGCAACGAUCGCAGCAUCCUGUCCUGCAACAGCACCAGCGCCAGCUGCGACCUGAUUGGCGCUCGCUGUGGCAUGCAGUACACCAUCAUCGUGGCGGCAUCCUCCGACAAGUGCAGCAGUCUCAGGAGCCCCCCCCACAAGAUCAGCACAGCGCCCUGCGAUCCGGAUAACCUGGAGGUAGAGCUCCAGUGUGCCAGCAGCUCGGCUGUGCUGUCCUGGAGCGCAGGCCAGGGUUCGCUGGAGUACUUUGCCUACGCUCAGGGCAGCACUGGGGACACGCUGUUCUGCGGCGGCUCAAACCCGUCCUGCGUCAUGGAUGGACUGGAGUGCGGGGCCGUGUACAAUUUCUCAGUGCUGGCUUCUGACAGCGUCUGCAACAGCUCGCUCAGUGCGCCACUCCACCAGGGGGCAGUGCCCUGCCCACCUGAACACGUGAAGACACGCAUGCUACCAGUGAGUGACAGGGAUAAAGUACUCCGGGUGUCCUGGAGCCGAGUGUCCUGCCCUGUGGUGGAGUACCUGGUAGAAGUUACUGGGAGAAUCCUGGGUGACAGUCAGGCGCUCUUGGAGGUGGCCUCUUAUUGGACGGAACGCACCUUUUUUGAGAUCCCCCUGCCCUGCAGCUCAACGUAUAACGUCACAGUGAAGUCCGGGAACUCAGCAGGCAUUAGCAAGCCUUCCGUGGCCAUCAGUGGACGCACAGUUCCCUGCCCCCCACAGAACGUGACUUAUGCUGGGAACUCCACCUUUGCCAUUCUCGCCUGGAAAGCCUCCAUCUUUGCUACUAAGUACACUGUCUAUAAGCCAACUGGCACAGGCAGAACUUUGGUCUGUAACACCACCCAGCUCUUCUGCAAUCUGACGAAUGUCCAGUCCAGCGAGUUUGAAGUUACCGCUAGCAACUCUGCAGGAGAGAGCAGCCCAAAUACAAUCAUAAUGGGUCCAAUAAUAACACGCAGUAAACGUAAUCUCCUGGAAGUAGAAAUGUUUGCCGGGUUAAGUGAAAAUGAGGACCUGGUGACUCCUCAGGUCUUAGUCUCUGAGGUGAAGAGGGUGUCUCUGCUUGUGCAAUGGCAAGCAGUCAGAGACGCCACAUACUACACCCUGCUCGUCAGAGAUCCAGCUGGGGAACCCACGUACCACACCCACAGCCCAGUGGUGCAGUCAGUGUUCCAGGAGGCCUACACUGUGACUGGACUCGAACCCAACACCACAUACUGUGUCAGCGUGUCGGCCAAAAGCGCUCUCGCCAGUAGUCCGUAUUCACAACCUAUCUGUGUUGACACAGUGGCUUAAAUCUGAAGAUUAUUUCUUCACCAUUUGCCGAAUCUGGAAAGGAUGAUCACCGCAGAGGAAAGCAAAUAGGCAGAGUUACCUGCUAAUUGAAACACUAUAAUCCUUGACUCACUUUAGAUUGGUUAAAUAAACUACAAUUUUUCCUGGUCACUAUCAUAGUAACCAAGUCUUUGUCAUGACUAUUAAAUCAAGCUUUGCUAGAAGAUUUUUGUAUUUAUCAUAAAUAUUUUCAAAAAACACCUUUCUGUAACCUAUGCUAAUUCAUGCAAAAAAUCCCAGUCUCAUUGUUUAAAUCAUUCAUGUAAAAUCAAAAUGUGACAUUAGAUUUAUAAUAAAUAGUAAUGCAACCAAUAUUUUGUAAUUAUAAAGUAUAUUUUCUAAUUUACUAUUUUACUUGCCUUAUUAUGUGAACAUUUUAAUUUGUCCUUGUGUUUUACUAAGCCUAUAACUUAAGGAAUAAAGGUCUGUGAAAACCUUAAACACUUCUAUCUCCAUAAAAGCAAAAUGAAGAAACGGCCUUCAUUUGCUAGUCAUCUUUAAAUGAAUGGUUGACAUCCAGAAAGCCGAAUGUGUGUGUGUGUGUGUUGUCCUGCCAGAUAGCUGAAUUUCCAUCUCUAUCUCCUACUGUAAGUACACCAAUCAAACCUGCGCAUAACUUAAAGUGGAGUGAACUGUUUUACUCGUAGACGAGUAGCUGUCCAUCUGAUUAAAAUGAACUCUCAGCCAGUUCUCUACCUGUAGUGAGUGCAGAGAUACAGUGUAUCCCCAAAUUAUUAUGCAUGCUCCAGGUACCUGCUUUACUAAAGACUACAACGGACGGGCAACAGACAACACCGUUCACAGGCUGCCACGCCUACUGAAUACAAAUGGAGGGGCUGGGCAUUACUACUUGGAUGGAGAGAGGGCAACACUACUCGCCAGCAGGAUUCUACAAUUUACUGUAUACAGUUGACUCAAGUUAUUUCAGACACAGUCAUGCAAUAUUUGGUUAUUAUAAUAGACAGUAAGAACAGACAUUUUUAUAGAAUAUGGUGGUGAGGGAGAAUGGAGGAGAGGAGACAAAGGUGUUAAGCUAGGCAAGGAAAGAUGUAUGGUUGACAUUCCCCCUUACAAGAACUGAUUUGGAUAUUUACCAUCUUUAAAUAAAUUUUCUGACAAAAAUAUCAUGCUUGUCAAUUGUUCUUUCUAUACCAACAGUGAAACCACUUGCUUGACUUGUCAGUUUAGUGGAAUAAAGACAGGAGCAGCCUAUGUGGGCCUCAAAUUAAUUUUCAGUAUCAUCAGUACUGCCACUUAAAAAUAAAAUUGUCAGUGUAGGG